UAGAUUUGGAGUCUAGUUAGCAUAAAUACCCCAAGCAGAAGUGGCCAUGCCGUCGCGUUGCGUUGCAGUGCUACGCUUCGUGCUGUGGUACACUUCAGACCUGCUGCUAUUUCUGUCAGAUAUCUCUUAGACACAUUGUCUCUCCAAAAAUAUCAAGAUGGCGAAAGAACAAAUGCCCCUAAUCUCGGCAGACGACGAGUGGUCGCCCCUCAAGGCCGUCAUCGUUGGACGGGCAGAGCACUCGGCCUUCCCGUCCGAGCCAGCCCACAUGAUUGCGGCGACCAUGCCAGAGGAACACUUUGCCGAGUUCAGACCUUUCAACCCCUUCCCGGCCGAGAUCGUAGCCAAGGCAAAGCUCGAGCUCGACCACUUCGCCUCCCUCCUGGAGCAGCAGGGGAUCCGCGUCUAUCGUCCCGCAAAGAUCGACUGGCUCAAGGUCGGCGGCUACACGGGCGCCAUGCCACGGGACGGCCUGAUGACCGUGGGCGACACGCUCGUUGAGGCCCCGUUCGCCUGGCGCUGCCGCCGCCAUGAGGUCCAGCUGGGCUACUCGGACAUCCUGGACCAGCUCGGCGCCAGCGGCUCGUCCAGGAUCUGCCGAGCGCCCCUCAUCAUCGGCGACGACACACUGUACGACGGUGUCGCCGACGACAACGGCGAUGUCAACGGCAACGGGGGCGGCCACAAGUGGGCCAUCAACAACAGCCGGCCGGCCUUCGACACGGCCGACUUCAUGCGGUUCGGCAAGACCAUCAUCGGGCAGCUCAGCAACGUGACCAACCGCAAGGGGGUGCAGUACCUGCAGGCCGUGGUGCCCGAGGGCUACGCGGUCGAGGUCCUCGCCACCACCGACGAGCACGCGAUGCACAUCGACGCGACGAUCCUGCCGCUCCGCAGGGGCCUGCUGGUGUACAACCCGGAGCGCGUCACCGAGGAGGAGCUCCGCCGGCACGCCGUCUUCGCCGGCUGGGAGCUGCACGCCUAUCCGUUCGCGCCCCGGCGGCGGCAGCAGCAGGAGGGCGAGGACGGCGUCCCGCCCCUGUACAUGUGCUCGCCGUGGCUGGUGCUGAACGCGCUGAGCAUCGACGAGCGGCGCAUCAUGGUCGAGGAGAGGGACACGCAGUUCGCGGAGUGGGUGCGGGACAGGUUCGGCAUGGAGCCUAUCUUGUGCCCGUUCGGGAAUGUCAAUAGUCUCGGCGGCUCGUUCCAUUGCGCCACCGUCGAUCUCGUCAGAUCGGCAUGAGAAACACAUAGCGUCGACUGCACUAAAGUAGUAAUGGAAAGCUUGAU